CUGUGUAGUGGGUAGAUGUUGUAUCUGAUAUCUUCAUUUGUAACACUUAGUUAUUCGUUUUUAUUUAGCGAACUGCAGGAGAGGGGAGAAACAGAGGGUGUGGCGAGAGUAAAACGCCCCUCCUACGUAGGAAUAUCCAACUCACUGAACGGGUACACGCCCUACGCCCCGUACAGAACCGCCCAGGACUACGGGAGGAAGAUAAGCCCGCCUUUACACUUCCCGCCGCAGCUCCCGCCGUCUUUAGAUUCCGUAUCUUUAGUUCUGACCCAGGACGGGUUCCAGAAAUCCCUUCAGGAGUUCCAGGAGACAAUGCGAGAUAUCAAUAUGGGGAGACCAGAGAGCGGGGAUAUUACUGACAAUGGAAGCAUAAUGACAGGAUCUGAAGAAUUUUAUCCCAGAUCUCAUAUUAAACAAGUGAUACAGAAUGGUGAUUCUAAAUCUGUACACACACUCACCCAGUUCCAUAGUUCACACAGUACACAGGCCAAACCAAACCUUGUUAGUAAACAAAUAGAGCGACUGUACGGUUCAGAUUCUCUGGCACAGAUUCGUCUAACCAGCCCAGAGCCUCAGGAUCGUUCUCCCGGCUCCAUAAGGAGCCCAGCUAGAAAUGGGAGCCCAGAUUUUACCCCCCCGGAGAGAAAACUCUCUGGAGGAUUUUUCUCUAAACGAUUUGGGAUUACAAAAAUGAAGGAUCAUUCAACUUUACCAGCCGCUGAGAAACCGAAGGAAGUUAGACCAUUAAAGGUAAGAAUUGUUUUGAAUACUGUGUCUCUUUUCUAGUUUUUCUCUCGCACC